AUGGAGGCGAACACGGCGAGCAUCCCCUUCGACCUAUUGAGCGGCUUCACCAUCUCAUAUGAUAACAGGAGGCCAAGGGCUGCAGAUAAGGGUGACCUUGCCGACGUACCUCUCUAUGCAUAUGCAGAAAAAGACAUAAGUCACUCUUAUGAAAUCGAUCUGUCCGAGAUUCAGUACCGAUUGCACCUUGGCCUCCGCUACAAAGCUAAAGGUGAUCGCACUCUUGAUCCUCCCAAUGGUGCUGAGCUGGGCUAUAUAUCAUCCCUUGUUAGUUCUUCUUUACAACAACACAACAUAGGCGACGGAUUUAUAAGAAGCAUUCCGCAACAAGUAUUUCAAUCCUUUUACACUACCACUGUGCCGUCGGGACCUGAGUUCCUCGAGAUUGUUUUGCAACUUCUCAAAGAGCAGGGUGCCGGUGCUCUGCAUAGGUGCCUUUUGGAUGGAAAGUUCCCUAUUCACAUUCUCCGGAGCGUAGUUGACCACUUUAAUGGCGCAAAGGUCCUCCCCGCACAUGUAUCACUUCUCGUCAACGUCUGCAGCAACCUUUUAGCCACCGGUAACGUUAACCUGUUUCUACUAGAGUCUGCACGAACACUUUAUUUCAAGAAUAAUGGAGCGAGUACAGGGCCCUUUUCUCCUUAUCAUAAAUGGAUUCUGCAUGAAAACCACGAGGCCCAUGGAUUGGUAUCUACUACCCAUAAAAUCAUGUCUACGAAAAGCCUGGACGAGUUCUACCGCGUUGAGGCAUCUGUCAAUAAGUUCUAUGCGCAAAAGCUCUUUGACUAUGUUUUCGGCUCACUGUCAAAUCCAUUUCUGGGCUCGCUGACACUAUCCACUAUUGGUGGAUGUAUGUACACGUUUCACAAGCCGAAAUUUGAUAAUUCUCUGGCUAUAUUCUCAGUUACUAAUGGGCUACGCAACGGUGUGCUAAGCGAUCCACUCGACCAGCAACCAAUCUAUUCGUAUCGUAAGCAGAUUUUAUCUUCCUUAUACGUUAAUCCAGAGGAAGCAUCAGGCAAUGUGGUCUCCAAGUCAAGGAUGGAUCAGGAUUAUGGUAUCAUUUCUAAUUCUAAUCUAUAUGCGCAUUCGGGGCGGGUUUUUGUUAUCGAACACAUAGAGCCCUUUCCUCUUUCAGUUUGCCUACCCGGGAUGGCUUACAGACUUGGGAUUUUCUACUCCACCCCAGAGAACAUGAAGAGUUUUGGGAAGAUGCAUACUAUUCAGUCUAUAAUAAAUACCUAUUAUACUGGAGACCCAUCAGCCUAUACAGGGAGUUACUGCUUUACCUCCAUGGACACAACUUCCGAUCAAGUCUGCGGUUUCCCAGAAGACUCAGACGGGGCCGAUGCAGUACGGCAGAUUAGCCCCUCUGUAGCUGCUCCAGAGUCGCAGAAUCUGCACAUGACAGACACCUCUCCACAUUCGUCUACUGCCUUUGAAGAAGCACAGCGCAAAGCUAAUUUCUACUUAUUUCCACCUAUUUCACAGAACCAACUUCUCGAAAUGGAUAGUACUGAUCAGAAUAUGCCUUUUAUCCAUCCCGUGACAAAAACAACUAUUUCGAAGACAACGCUUACUGUGGCGCCACAUCUUAUUGGACCUCAUGGAUAUGCUCAGUGUUGCUUCUAUGGUCAGAGGUGCCGCUUUCUUCUUGUAAAGGACAGGACGCACAUUGUAACCCAGAAGUCUACCAUACAAUACGCAGUGUCCUCUGCACCAGCAGGAGCAUCAACCCUUCAGCUUCGGUCUACAAACUGGGUUCUUCGUGAACUACCAACUGUUUGUCUUGCUGGCCAGUUCUUCCCUGCCCCGACGUUCACCGUUCAGCACAGCAAGUCUGGUGCCAAGGAUCUGCAGAAAAUGAAGGAUAACACUAAAAAGGAACAAGUUGAUGGCACACUGAACACAACUAACGACCCUGGCAAUCAUAGUGCUGAACCUGCUCGCAAACAAGCACCAAGGUCUAAGGCCCAAUCACAGGACACUAUUUCUAAUGCAUCUGAUCCCUCACAAUCAUACACAACAGUCCCGAGGACCCCUUUUGAUGACGAUCAGUCUUUACUGACCACUGGACAAAAGCCGUCCUCAGCUACAACAGCUACAGAUACAAAUAAGCAGAGCCUUGCUGAAAAAAUGUCAAUAGGUGAUAACGUAUAUUUUGUCCUUGGUCCAGAAAAUGUAAAGCGUAUAAUAAAGCAUAGAAUAGGAUACUUCAUUACACGGUUCAACAUAGAGGGCGAUUUACAAAAGACGGGUACUCAGGAAAAGUCGUCGCUUCAGGCCGCCAUACUAACACGCUAUAAAGACCUACUUGGCAUCUUUGCCGCAGAAUCAUUUUUCAAGGACAUGGCAGACUCUGCAAAGGGAGACAAAUCGGACAAGAAUGAUGAGUUUUGCACAGGUCUAGUUUCUGAGACACACAUUUUCUACAUCUUACUGUUGGAAAAUUUCCUUUCAUCAGGGGCGUUUGUGGACAGGUUUCUAACCAAAUCUCGGGCAGAUUAUUAUUUGAUGCAGGCGGCAAAAAUGACCGCAGAAAAAUCCGAUGCAAAGCUUUUCUUGAUAGAUAGAUUCUUGGGAUGGUCUCAAAUGGCGCUCUGUCUCCUAACAAACUUCCGAGUUUCUUACAUGCACAAGAUACGGGAGAACAACGAAUUCCAGACAUACUCAUAUGUUGAUGAGAAUUCCUACCAAAGUUUUGGUGCCACGAGUCUGAGAUUUGGCUGUUUUACCUCGCUUCUCAGCAAGUUUGGCGAGAAGGCAGAAAACUCUCCGAAGCACGACCUCCCCUUCAAGAACAGACUUCACAUCUUUCCAUUCUCUCUGCGAGAGGAUCAAUCUAGACCGCUCUUGGAGGGCAUUUACUCCGUCAUAACCGAUCAGCCCGUCAAUAGUCAGAUACUUUAUCCAUACAAGAAGCUACAUGCAAGCGCCUUCCCCAAGAUAGGGCUCUUUACAAGGCCAUUUAUCAACCGUGAUAAAAAUCAAAAGCGCAGCAAGUCAAAGCAAGGAGGCCUCGAGGCAGAAAAGGAGGAUGACAUGGAACAGGAGAUAUUUCAGAGCAUGAAUAAGGUCUUUGAGCUCGACAAACGGCCAGACAUUCAUUGCACUAAUUGCAACGCCGCCCUCCUGCCCAAAACACGCCAGCGUGCCUCCGCCCCAGAUGACUUACGCGUCCAUAUCGAGCAGUUUGGGCUUUGCGCCAGUGAAAUAGAAUUCUGUAUCAAUACACCCGUACACAUACUGCGGCGUCUUCCGCUUGACAAAUUUAAUGUUGUUAAUACAGGAUUUCCUAGUAAGAUCCUUGAAGAACAUCGGUAUCAGGAUGUACGGGUGUCUGGGUCGUCUAGCAGUCACGUAGAGUAUUUACCGACACAUAUCAGGCGAGCAUUCAAAGAACACUUGCAUCCUGUCAACGUUGUUUUAUCAAUGAGGGAUGCAGAAUGCUCAAAAGAUUCCCAAAGCCUGAUAGCCAAAUCAAACCUAGAUAGGUCUGAUAAGAGCAACAUGUUGUGGUCAGGAUACAUGCAAAAGAUCAUUGAGAUCAUUGAUGACACAGGUAUACGGGACAUACUGACAACUGACCAGCAUAACAUCAUCCAUGUGCACGCUCUGCGAGCAAUGGAUAACAAAAAUCAAGAGAAGCUGGCGGCCGCACGCUAUAAGCUUAAGAGAGCAAGCCUGUUCUUGUCGGGGAAAACCGUGUUGCCAACUCAUAACUUAGGAUCAGACUUUAUGACAUACAGAGGUUGUCCGUUUCUUUCUAAGAAAGUAUUAAAGGAUGCUGGAGAAGACCGCGUUGAAAAGAUAAUCUCUGGAUAUGCCAAUGCGAUCACGGAACAUGUUUUUCCUGACUCUAUUUCUGGAACAAUUAAUUCUCAGGCCUUUCCUGACGAAAGGAUGAUUUCAUCCUUUAAUAACUAUGCCAAUUAUAGUUCCAUCACCAUGAAGCCGCGGGAAAUCUUCUCUUGUCUAGGAAACGACGUGGAUCAUGGAGUCCAAACCAAUAGCUACGAUCCCUUGUGUCAGGAAGGCUUCACCGAUGCAGUAUACCCCUUUCAUAUUUUCUAUCCAGUAAAACAGGCGCGUGCAGCUCUUUCUGACGAGGGCAUAAAAGGACUCGUUAAAUCGUGUUGGCAGCGAUGGACGGACGACGAGCACAUGGCAAUGUGCAACAUCUCCCGAAUCAUCCGUGUCAUUAAAAACCGCUCUACACUGUUCAGCCUUCGUGUUAGUAACCCUAGGGGUGGAUUGACCAUGAGAGACAAGUGCCUUGUUCUAGAUUCCUCUGCUCAGGCUAAAACACUGAAGUCAAAAGCCGGAAUGGCGGGUAGGUCUCGGCAACGUGGUAAAAUGGAAAAGGACAACGAAAUAAGCAGCCAGGCUAACGAUCUUCCCCAAUUGGAUGGGUCUUUAUCGGUACGGGACAAAAUGCUGAAGGGCACUAGGGCACGUGUUGCUGGCUCAGAGGAUGGAGUAUCAGCUAAAGGAAAAGAGAUAUACUAUGUGGAUAGCAUCGACAUGAAUGACUACACUGUGUACGAUCAGAUGAAGGAGUACUGGGAUCCCCGAAAGUGCCUCUUUGGGAUCACCCGUCUCUUCGAGCAACUUACUAGCAGAUCCACACUGAUUUACGGAGUUACUCGCGACUAUCAAGACCGAAUCGUAGAUGUCAGUAUUUAUCCUUACGAGCAGGCGGAAAAUUUAGACGAUAAGUUCUUUAUGAGUAAGAGCGGAGAUGAGAUUUUGCAUUGCUCAAGUAUCAUUGCGGAUAUGUCUAUUGUUAGCGAUUAUACUAGAGGGAAUAUGAAUCUUGCUUUAGCUAAUAACCUCAAGAAAAUGUAUAAAGAUAAUGUUCCAAUGUUUGUUAUUUCUGAAAAAGACAGCAUCAAGGCUAAUCGAGAGCGUAUCAAAAAGAUAUCUGGGGAUCCUGCAAGCACCGAAGAAAAGCAAAUAGAGAUGAACCUUUCUCUAGUUAGAGAGUCGCGUAUUGCUAUACGUACGAUUUAUAUUGAUAUGUAUUCAUAUCCAGGUUUUUCACUAGACACUAUGCACUACGGCAUUCUCGCAAUUUCCAAUACACAGCAGAAGCCAUUAUAUAGGCACCGGACGGUCACAAUCUCGAAGCUUCCGCCCAGAGAUGCUCUCAAUGUUAGUUUCUUCAAUAGCGCAAUCACUCAUAUUUCUACUAUUUAUACUGAUUGCGGCGCCAAGGUUCGUGGAGUGGUUACUAAGAAUAUCUUCUCGCUGUCACAAGACAAGCUCAGCAGUUACAUGUUUGAGCUUGACCGCUGCAGUGAAGAGUAUUGGCCAACAGCCCCACACACCCACUGCUUGCUGAUAUGUGAGAACAAGCUUGCGGAAGAGAAGUGGGGUAGUGACCAGAAGCCUUCACAGACCACGCGUGAUAAGAUCUUCUAUACAAUGGCAGUCAAAAAUAAAGCAGAGAUGAUCUCAAACGGUACACUACAACAGAACACAUUUGAAACAACAAUCGAUUUUCCCAGUGAAAUCGUUGACGUCCUUAGGUUUUCUCAGGAGAUGCGCGAUACGGCGGGAAAGCGAUUAAAAUCUUUUCUGGACGAGAUAUCAGCGUUGAAGUCCCCGAGUGACAGCACCGAAGGGCUUACAUAUUGGUUUAACAUGAAGUGUUUAAUAGAUACAAAGAAUUAUGAAAUCUACACAAAGUUCAUCAGCACACCAGUAUUCAUGAAAGAUAUAGAGGCCCAUGUUUCAAAGCCACGAGUGAGAGAAUGUGUAUUCAAAUGUUUUAUAGAUAUAAUCCAAGAUAUGCAUAAAAUGGUAUUGAACGCGCUGCAGUACAAUUUGACAGAGCCUAUCCAUGCUGAUGGCAUGCUCAGCGAAAUCAAUACCGAAGAAGACCUAAACAACUUUUUGAAGUUAGAUCGCGCCAGAAAUGCAGUGGUGCUAUGGUAUGUAACAGAACUCAUGCGCCGGCUGCGUCAGUUCUAUAGAAUUAAUUCCCAGGCCUUUGCAUUGCUUGGAGUUUCAUGGAUACGAUACAACUUUUACGAUUCUGUUUCAGGGUCUCAACCCACACCCGGGAAAUUAAAAGCUAUGAUCCUAGGAAGCUAUUAUCAUAUAACGCGCUACUAUAUCCGUCCAUAUGACGCCCUUCUCAAGGAUGAUUAUGUGCGUCUCGGGCGCAAGCAACAAAAAAUGUGCAGAAGGCAGUUAGAUGCAAAGCUAUCUAUUAGUAAACAUAUUUGA